AUGUUGCUGGGUUGGAGUAUACGAUCAAGUGUUGCACAGAUAACGGAUGCAACAAGAUCUCUGAGCAGCGGAAGCGGACUGCAGUAUGCCACUGCUGGUAUCCUGUCCCAAUUCACCAUUACUGCUUUCGAAGAGAGCGGUUUGCGCAGAACAUCCGGUGGAGAUGAGUUUUUGGUGCAGCUGGACGGGUCUCAGUCGUUGCGAGGAUCGAUCAUUGACAACCUGGACGGUAGCUAUCAGGCAACGUACACGGCGACGAUCAGUGGGGCGUACGAGAUAUCCGUGUUGCUGUUGAGGGAGGGGGGCCUUUCUGCUGAGUACUUUGAGAACGUGUGUCUAGAGCUGGCCACAGCCGGAGUGCAGGCGGAGUUCUCAAUCACGGCCAAGGACCUCUAUGGCAACCUCAAGGGGCAGGGGGGGGACACUUUCCUCGUCAGGUUCACGGGGGUGGACUCUGCCAGUGGAGUCGUGGACGAUCGACAGGAUGGGACUUACCGAGUGUUAUACACUCUGACUCAGAGUGGAACAUACAGCUGUGCUGUUGUGUUCGGAGCCUUCGGUAUCUCUGCAAGUCCUUUCAGGAUCACCACCCAGCCAGCCCGUAGGAAC